AUGUCAUCUCUCUCGUACUUCGCAUUCAAAACUUGCUUACAAUUCAAACCGGUUCUGGAGGAUCCUUAUCAAAAUCAUGUCAUGGUGUUUGAAAAUCCCCGUGGGAUCAGGAAAUGUACCAUCGGUGUUGAAGGCCAUGGUAGAGAGGGGCCUCAUCGCAUAACCAUCGGCUACGACUGUCUAAAACCUCCCAAUAUAGAAAUGCUGGUUAUGAAGGCCCUGGGAUUCCCCUUUGAGCACAACAGAGCGAGUCGGGACAUUUUUAUUGAUGUACAGUAUGAAAAUAUUGAGCCAGGAAAUAACACAAUUAUUGUUCAAUUUAAAUUCGAUCAGCAGUCCCUUAUCAGCGCUCAAGCUGUCAACAUGUCGCCGGACUUUAAACUUUACGAAAAUAUAUUCAUUGAAGCUAAUUUACAAUCGACCGAUUACGAUGGUGUUGUUGUUGUUUUGUAUCCCCAAGAAAUGAAUGUUGCGUUGCCGACGCACAUUUGCAGUUUCAUAGAGAGAAUUUCAAAUUUGGAUAAACAUGUGCAUAAAGUUGCUACGGUUUGGAAUUGUGAUUAUGUAUCAGGAGGUCGUCUGAUACUUUCACCGACUGGGAAAAUUUCGCCAUACCAUGAUGUGAAGGUUAUUAGAGAUGCAGCGAAGAAAGGUAUGAUGAGGGCUUUGGAUGCUGGAAUGAAAAAGCCAUUGCUUGUGGUUGAAAACGUUGUGGAUUUCCCUGAUGGGCAGUUGGUAUGUAUUCUGGGAGCUUUGGAGGCUUUUUAUAAGCCUUUACAAAUAAGAGAAAGACAGGAUUCGAAGAACUUCAUCAGAAUUGGUUUACAUACUGAAGAAAAAGAGGCUGAACCUUUUGAGAGGAUCGUCAGGAACGCUAUAGCGUUAGAAAAAUCAAGAAUUUUUACUAGAGAUAUAGCUGGUGGUGAUCCAGAGAGAAUGGCGCCAGCGAAGAUUGUGGAAUACAUCAAAGAUUCUUUCGCUGAAGACAGUAAUAUAACAGUUAAAGUUAUUGAUAAUGAACAUUUAAUUGCAGAGGAAUAUCCGCUUUUAGCAGCUGUUUCUAGAGCUGCUAAUCGUGUGGAUAGGCACAAAGCUAGAGUGGUUGAAAUUGAGUAUACUUCAUCCAAUCCCAGUAGAGUGUCAGAAACAUUAAUGUUAGUCGGUAAAGGUGUGACUUAUGAUACCGGCGGCGCUGAUAUUAAAAUUUCUGGCAGAAUGGCGGGAAUGUCUCGUGAUAAAGCGGGAGCAGCUGCCGUGGCUGGUUUUCUAAAAGCCUGUGCAAUUUUAAAGCCUCCACACUUAAAAGUGAAAGGUGUUUUAUGUUUGUGUAGAAACUCAGUUGGUUCUGAUUCUUAUGUAUCUGACGAAUUGAUUAUUUCUCGAAGCGGAAAAUCUGUUAGAGUGACCAACACUGACGCAGAAGGUCGUUUAGCGAUGGCAGAUUCAGUAUUUAAGUUGGCCGAAAUUGCUGGGAAAGAGCUUAACCCACAUAUUUAUACCAUAGCCACCUUAACUGGACACGCUCGCGCCUGCUACGGAAGCUACACAGCUACAAUGGAUAACCACAGUGCCAAAGCUACCAACCAUUCAGGGAGACUUCAGUUCAGUGGCUCUCGGGUGGGAGAAGGUUUUGAGGUAUCGACAGUCAGAUCUGAGGAUUUAGCUGUCAAUGCUGGCAAAUGCAAUGGUGAUGACUUGGUCCAGUACGAUACGGAUGCGAAAUAUCGUAAUCAUCAGCUAGCUGCCGGUUUCCUGAUCAAAGUUGGUGGUUUAGAAGAUAAGAAUAUAAAAUACACUCAUCUAGACAUUGCCGGAGCUGCAGGAAUGCCUCCAGAAGACCCGACAGCUGUGCCUGUACUGUCUUUGUGUCAUUUGCAUAAGGUUUUACUG